AUGCGGAAGUUAAUAUUCCUAGCUCUUUUCCUCUCUAUGGCGGUGGUCUAUGCAAAACGUCCAAAUUACGCCAAUCAAGGAAGAUCUAAACUUCAGGUCUGUCGUUUGGACUGUAUUUACGACUCUGUUAUGUGUGCUGCUCCAUGUCGUCUGCUGUUCCGAUCCUCUCGCACAGGAUACCUUAGCUGCGCACGUGACUGCGGAUUGGAGCGAAGAGCAUGCUUUUACGCCUGCGCGAACGCCGAAAAGCAAGCGCAUGUCCAGUCGCCCGAACAAGUGGUAACACAGGCGACAAGGCCCUCACCUAAGCCGACACAUGGUGGUCAUGUGGCGACACACACUGCUCAUGCGGAGAAACAUGCUGAUCAUGUGGAAGUUGACGGACAGGAGACAGGCGAAUCAAAUGAAUCAGUUGAAGAUUAAACCAAGCUAUUUGUUUCUGAAAGAUGGACAAAAUCUCAUGCACCAAAGCCAAAUGAGCCUGGAUGAUCACGACAAUCGAAAUAUCAGUAUUCAAGGCAUGCAUGCGAAAUGGAAAAAUUAGCGGGUCUCCAACGCACAACAAGUACUUGAGUCAGACACUGUUGAUAAACUGUGAUAUUAACUUAUCGUACUUUUUGAAUUAUUUAUUGAAAUAUUUUAGUUUUCGUUGAUAUUCAAUGUUUAUAAAUAAAAGAAGAUAAAACGAUAUGUCUAUGAAGACUUGAACUAUUUGGGAUUGUCUGGGUUAUCCAGGGUGUCUUUGCAAAAAAAGCACUCGAUUUUUAAUAAAACGAUGCAUUAAA